GAAGAGGAGAAAAAACAAGGGGAAAAGCUAAAGAAAUUUCUUUUUUAUUAGUCUCAGCCAUUGUCAACUUUCCUUUCCUACUCUCCUACAUCUCUGCCUCUGCAACUCUCUCUCUCUCUUUCUCUGCUUCUCAGAACCCAAAUGUUGCCUCUCUCUCUCCCACUUUCUUUACAAGUUCUCUUCUCUCAAGAGCUCAAAAUUUAAGUUUUUUACUCUCUGCACAAUGAUCCAUCAAUGUCUUCUCAUAUAUUGUUCUUCAAUCACAAUGUCUCUCUAAUUUCUUCUUUGCUUUUGAUUUGAUUCCUCUCUUUCUAGGUUUUUUUUGUUUCUCUCAAUUUCUUAUUCUUUUCCCUUCUACUUGCUUUGAUCCAUCGGUAUCUCACUACCCUUUAUUUCUUACUGGAUUAAGUUCCCAAUCUCUCAAUCUUCACCAUAUCAAAGUCAAAAUCUUGUUGGUUCUUUUUUUUUUUGUUUCUUGAUUGCUGUAAAGUGGGUUUUGGUUUAAAAGGAAAUGAGGGAUGUUCUCGUGGCUGGCAAGGAUAGCAAUGGCGUGUUGGAGACCGGUCAGUCGAUAUGCCCGUAUGAGCAAGGAUGAUAGUGUUAAUAAUGAUGAUGAUGAUGAUGAUUCCUCCUUCGGUGACUCGCUUCUGUGGUCCAAAGACCUCGAGAAACACUCUUAUGGGGAAUUCUCUUUCGCUGUUGUUCAAGCCAAUGAGAUCAUUGAAGAUCAUAGCCAAGUGGAAACUGGCCGUGAUGCCACCUUUGUUGGCGUCUAUGAUGGGCAUGGUGGGCCUGAUGCCUCUCGGUUCAUUUGUGACCAUCUGUUCAAAAAUCUCACAAGGCUUGCUAGAGAAAGAGGAGCCAUCUCUGAAGAAAUCAUUAGAAGUGCCUUUUCUGCAACUGAGGAUGGAUUUCUUACUCUAGUACGUAGGACUUGUGGACUAAAACCAUUGAUUGCAGCAAUUGGAUCUUGUUGUUUGGUUGGAGUUAUAUGGAGAGGGACAUUAUUUGUUGCAAAUCUGGGUGAUUCUCGAGCUGUAAUUGGUUGUUUAGGUAGAUCUAAUAAGAUAAUUGCUGAGCAGUUGACUAAGGAUCAUAACGCGUGUUUGGAAGAGGUUAGACAAGAGCUCAAAUCCUUGCAUCCAGAGGAUUCACAUAUUGUAGUUAUGAAGCAUGGUGUUUGGCGUAUCAAAGGCAUUAUUCAGGUUUCCUUCUCUUCCAGAGUUGCCUGCUGCUGUCCCUGUUUAGAAGUUCCAAUGCAUGUUGUCUGUCUGCAGGUAUCCAGAUCUAUAGGUGAUGCAUAUUUGAAAAGGCCAGAGUUUUCUCUUGAUCCUUCAUUUCCACGAUUUCACCUUCCUGAGCCGAUUCGCCGACCUGUGCUAACGUCAGAGCCAUCCAUAUGCUCAAGAGAUCUACGACCCAGUGAUAAAUUUCUCAUAUUUGCAUCUGAUGGGCUUUGGGAACACAUGACAAACCAAGAGGCUGUCGAGAUUGUGCAUAAUUAUCCACGGGCUGGAAUUGCAAGAAGACUCGUUAAAACAGCUUUAAAAGAGGCAGCCAGGAAGAGAGAGAUGAGAUAUGAUGAUCUUAAAAGAAUUGACAAGGGAAGCAGGCGGUUUUUUCAUGACGAUAUAACAGUGGUUGUCAUCUUUAUAGACCAUGAACUACUGAGUAAAAGUGUAUCUGUCGUACCAGAGGUAUCAAUACGGGGGUUUAUCGACACUGUCGGACCAUCAAAUUUUAACAUUCUCCAUGGUAUUUGAUGCUAAUUCAAGGUCCAUUAUCUGAAGAACUUUGCAAGCUUCUGCAUUCAUUCUUUUUCUUCUACUCUCAGGAAAACAUCUCACUGUUUUUCCCUUACUAGCCUUCUACGUCUCGUCCAAAUCUAAUAUAGUCUGAUCUCUUUCAACUGUAUUAUGUGCUUAAUGGUGAUAAUCCUCAGGAGGAAGCUACUGAAUUUUUUGGUUUAAAAUGCUGGACUUUGUAUACACAAGUUUGUAAAAUUUAUACACGAUGUUUCAAUCA